UCUCAUAAAUUAAUGACAGAUUUGUUAUGCAAAUGACGGUAAUUUAUUCACUUAUGUCAAGCUUUCUUUGCCUAAUUUAAUUUCCCUCAAACUCGCUCGAGUGAAAAUAAUAACAGUUUUGAAGUGAAAUAGAUGUGAGGAGAAGCAAUAAGGAAAUGUAACUGGUUUCACUUUUCGUAUAUGUGGACACAUAUGACAUCUUAAUUAUUUCGAGAAAGAUACCGGAAAAUGACGUUAUACCAGGGUGGACCUACUGAGGGCGAGUCAAUAGAACAACUUCACCACAAGGACGCAGAACGCGACGGUGCGGAUUCGUCUGCUUCUGAGUACAGUAGCCAACAUGGACGCGGGAAAACUCUCGUCUGCAUCACAUUUAUCUUGGAAUUGCUCAUCUUAGCUGGCGUAAUUGUUCUUGAAUACUUUCUCAGGUGGACUGAAGUGUUUCCGAUUCGUAAGGUGAAUUUCACGUGCAGUAACCCGGAGAUCUCUUACUCCGAGGACGAUCCGUCCUUCUCGUCUUUCGCUUUCAACGCCGUCAUACCAACAGAAAUCGUUUACUCUCUCAGUCUGUGUGUGCCACCGUUUGUGAUGCUGAUAGGUGAGAUAGCUGUGUGGGCAUUCACAGAGGACAACCAGAAGCCUAUACGUGUAUGUUGUCAGUCGUGUAAUAUACCGCAGGUUUUGAGGAGACUGUUCAGAUUUGUCGGAGUGUAUGUUUUCGGCUUGGUUACGUUGAUGAUCUUUGUGGAUGUGAUAAAGAUGAUAACUGGACGUCUCCGACCUAAUUUCCUGGAAGAAUGCCAAGUGGACUUGACCUUGUGUGCUACAAACGGCAAUAUCGGCGGGGAUGAACUGUGCACAAACAAAGACGUCAUAGAAUUAAGACAUGCUAGGACAUCUUUUCCUUCCUUGCGGUCGGCAAUGACGGCAUACGCAGCCAUAUAUCUCUCGAUUUACAUCCACGGAGCAUUGCGCACGCGAUCAGUGCGCGUGUUACGACCGUUUCUGUCGUUAGUGUUUGCAAUGUUGGCGAUACUGUGUGGUCUGGCAGAACUAGGACUCAACCACAACUACUGGACAGAUAUUGUGGUUGGCUGGGCAAUGGGAAUUGCCAUGGCUAUAUAUUUGGGUGCUUUUGUGUUGUACAACUUCCGAGAAUAUGUCUCCGAGAAAAAGAUGAUACGGCUGUUGCAUGGCUUCCUUGUAGACCACCAGCUACUCAAUGAAAUUACAAGAGACGGCAAGUUACGUCUGUUUCCGUUCCCGUUUCACAUUCCACGAGCACACACGUCACGAAAUUCACCAUACCAGAAAUUUGAAGGAAUCAAAACACAAAACCCACCGAUUCCGUUAUACGGAGAGGUGACUGAGCACCCGGGCGACAAAUACAAAGACCGCCCUACUCCGAGCCCAGGGUACCAGUCGAGUCACGGGUACCAGUCAAGUCCCGGGUACCAGGACGAUCAAAGAUUGUCUCAUCUUUGAAUAAUUUUAUUCGAAUUGGUUUCAAACUGUUGUCUUGCUACAACAAACUUGUGAUAUUACAUCAAAGCCAUUUCAAAACAAUUAAAUUUCAGGAGUUUUGUUUGAAAUUAUGCAAACAAUAAUACGAAAUGAUGAAUGGCAACAGGAUUUGUUUACAUUCUCUUUGAAAUUUCAUACAUAGGCAUUAGUAUACUAGCUACUAGACCAUGAUAUAUCCUUUCUUACAUUCUGGUUCAAUGUAGUGAAGUGUGCCAGUCUAUUUCCAUUGUCUAAUAUCAUGAUAAUUUUGACAUUAUUCCUCUAUAGACUGGCUUUUGUCUCUAUGAAAUGGAAUUAGAUAAAAAAAGGAAAAAUGUAGAAAUAUCUUUAUUAUCAGUCUAGUGGCUAGUCUAGUGCAUUAAAGUAAACUAUAUGCACUAUAGACAUAUACGUUUCAUUUAAUUUUAUAUACAUACGUGUUACUUACAUAGUUAUUUUUUAUAAAAUGUGUCAUUUCUAAAGACUAUUAUCUUUUUAUCUAUUGUAUAAGGCUUCCUGCUUAUCACUAUACAAAUAUCAAUUUCUAAACUAAACAUUUACCAUAUAAUGUAUUAUAGGGGCUACUGCUGCUACGUUAACCUGUCACAAUACAUACCAGAAAUUGACUUGAUAACUGUCAUAUUUGUUCUUUUGCAAGAAAGGAGAAAGAUAAUAAAACUGUGGGAGUUUUA